AUGUCCAAAGUGUACAGGGCAACGAACUUGCCGGGGCACGUAGAUCGCCUGGGGGCUCUGGAACUUCUCGCUCGGUGCAUACCGGACAUCACUCUUGACGAUGUUCAGCUUGGCUCGCUGGCAACUACCAUCGAGCCCUGGGCCCUUACCCCAACGAAGACGGCAACUUUGACACUCAAAACUGUACCUGCGACGAUAAGCCAGGAUCAAACCAGCACCGAAUGGGUUUUUCCUGCCGCUGGUCUUGUCCGCCCUGUAGUUCUUGAUACCCACUUUUAUGGUUUAACGCCAUUGAAUGAAGUGGAAGAAACCCUUCACACUGAUGACUGCAUUGUGAUUUCUGGGCUGGCCAGUCAUCCAAUAGGAUCAUGGCAACCACGAGGCCAAAGAUCCUUUAUGUGGAUUCGAGACUCAUUGCCAGCCAGGCUCCCUGGAGUGAGGUUUAUCUUGUACGGAUACGACAGCAGGCUCGCUGGUAGUAAAUCAUUCCAAGUUAUUCCAGACCUGGCGCUAUCUUUCAUCAAUGAACUCAGGGCGGGAGGCUGGGGUUCCCAAUCGCCCAAAUCACUGCUGUUUUUGGCUCAUAGCUUGGGCGGUGUGAUACUGAAACAGGCAAUGGUUAUGCUGGCUGGCAGUGGGGAAAUAGAGAGACAAAUAAUCAGUGGCAUCAAGGGAGGGGUCCUCUUCGGGGUGCCUAGCAUGGGAAUGGAAGUGUCAGAUAUCUGUCAGAUGCUGGGCGAGCAGCCCAACAGAGCCCUCGUUGAUAACCUUUCAAACCGGUCAGACUAUAUACCAGCACUGGAAAAGCAGUUUGAAGGUAUCUCAUACGUUCGAGAUAUGGUACUUAUAUGGGCAUAUGAAACUGAACAGACGCCCACCCUCCUACAUUCUAAUGGGAAUUGGAGCAGAUCAGGCCCAGGGAGCGUCAUGGUGUCGCCAGAGUCGGCCACAGGAGGACGGUACCCUUUUCAUCUCGGAUAUUCUCUCCAGAUUAACCACGACCAUUCCAACAUGGUUAAAUUCAAAUCGAGCGACCGUGAAAUACAAAUACUGGCUUUGAGGAUCCAGGAAAUCGUCCAAAACAGUCCGGUAGACGAGAAAGGCAAAAACGGCACAACACAACAAUCGAAUAAUCGGGCUGCUCAUGGAUUAAUCAUAGAUCUGAAAGUGGCAGCCCCAAAAGACCUGGCAGAUGACGUCUCCUGGUUUAGUGCAGAGCUUCAACCUGGGGCUUUGCUUGCUAACGAUGCAAUAGUUCUACUAAAAUCUUUCGCGGCACCCAAAAGGAACGAGAGACUAGAGCAGAUCGACAAAAACGCGGAUCAUACCUUCGACUGGGCCUUUCAGGAUCCCUCCAUUGGGUUGUCGUCGUGGCUCUUGAAGGGAGAAGGGAUUUUCUGGAUAAGUGGCAAGCCCGGUUCGGGAAAAUCUACCAUGUUGAAGUUCGUCUGGAACGAUGACAGGGUUGCCCAGCUGCUCGACUCAUGGGAGGCGAGCGAGAACAAGGUGAUUGCGAACUUCUUUUUCCAUCAUCGAGGUACUCUUGCCCAGAAAUCAUUCGAAGGUCUCCUUAGGAGUGUCCUAAGCCAAAUACUGGUGGCGCAGCCAAAGACUUGCGUUUUCUUCAAAGAAAUUGUAGAGGCCACUUUCCCAAAAUUAGUGGCACGCUGGAAGCUACGCGAAGAGAGGAAGAAGGCGUCCAAAUCGCAGGAUCUAGAUUCCGACGUGGAAAACUUUGAAAUACCCGCAGGCGCUUGGACUCAGAGAUUGCUCAAGGACUGUUUGAAGGCUGUGAUGCUGCAAGACAAAAUGGAUGUCGAUAUCUUCUUCCUCUUCGAUGCUCUUGACGAGUAUGAUGGACCGACAGAGUUUAUCGCAGACUUUCUGAAGCAGCUGGUCAACACCACAUCCCGCACACGCGUCAAAAUUCUUUUCUCCAGCAGACCAUGGAAAAUCUUUCAGGAUGAAUUCAAGUCAUGCCCUGGCUUUGAGAUUCACAAACAUACGGAAAAUGACAUACGCCAAUACAUGCUCAACUUCAUAACCCCGGGGACACCUGGAGAGGAAGCUCUUCUAGAGCUCACAGAGGACAUUGUCCGGCGGUCUCAGGGAGUCUUCCUUUGGGUCAAGCUGGUUUUACAAGAGUUGGUCCUCGCUGUAUCUUUGUCUGACAGUACCGACAGCCAAAUCUUGGGCCCCAAGUUACGUGAGAAGUUAAAGAGGCUUCCUGAUCAACUAGAUGACUUCUACGAUGCUAUCAUUGAGCGACUCCCAGACAUAUAUCGAUGGGAAACAUACGUACUAUUAGAGUCAUUGAUUCGUUCCCGUGGGAAAGUCCUUACGUUAGAUGCUCUCGAGAUAUUGGCUCUGUCGCGGGCGACAACUGCCAAAGAAGCGGCGAGAAUAUUCAAGAAGGAGAUGCAGGAGGAUGCGUCCGUGAAGGAAUUGAGGAUUCAGAAUAUCAAAACGAUUUCCGGUGGGCUCAUCGAACUUUUAGAUGAUGGAGAAUUCCGUUACCUUCAACUUAUGCAUCAGACGGUUUAUGAAUUUGUUGAGCGACCACAGUUUCGGCAUUCAUUACUCGGGCUUCGUGGGAAGACAACAAUUAAGAAUGGUCAUUCUUUCCUAUGCAUCUGGUAUUUUUAUCAAAAUGAAUGGCGCAACCAGGAAAUGACGAACAAUAAAGCGAAGAGCAGCAUCGUAUUUUCCUACCAAGACGAGACGGAGCUCGUUUUCCAUGCCAAGGAAGCAGAGAGAACAACCGGAAUAAGCCAGCACAGUAUCUUUGCUAGUGGUCCGGUUAUACUGGGUUGGCCCUUGCUCAUGUUUGCAAUUGCGAUUGGACUUCGCCUACUGGUGAGAGACAUUCUACGAGAGAAUGUGGACGCAAUUGCCCAGUGGGACAGCGGCCUUCUCCCUGCAAUGGUUCGUUCCCUCGAAAGAAACUUUUCUAAGCCGAUAGAAGCAAUCCAAAUGACUUCCGUCAUUGUGAAGAACGGCUAUAGAGUUGGAAGAGAUUGGGAUGGGAUUCUGGAUCUCUUCCAAAGGAUCUGGCAGAAGGGCAGCAAGUCGGAUCCCGCCCCUAAGUCUACGCCUCUGACAGCCUCUAUGUAUGGGUCUAUAAGAACCGAUAAAGAUAAGCUACUAACCGAUGCGUCUACACCUCUGUCUCCAAAUACUAAACUCAAUGGGAUGGAUCGGGAAAAUUGUGUUGCCUUUGUCUUAGAAGCUCUAAAAGGACUCGGGGAUGACGACGGUUUGGGACGUGUGGGAAACAAUCCCCCAAGCGGCAAAAGUCCGCUGCUCCAUAGAAGCCCGCCUGAACUGGUGAACAAACUAUUAGUGUCAGGAGCCGAUCCCAAUAUUCUUGACCCAACAGGAUCUACGGCCCUAGACACUUUCCUCGAUAGCUUAUCUCUUAUGAGCUCGAAAUCUGGGAAGCUUCGAACGGACAACGCGGUAUACGACGCUUUCAAGUCACUCCUCACACAUGGUGCGAUCCUAAAUAUGCAGCUGGAUUUUCCCUUCGAUUCAUUGGUCGAUAGUUUCAGAGAACUAUCAUACCCAAUCGAUUUCGUAAAGGAACAUGGUUUUCCCAAAUGGUCAAAGGAGAAUCAGGAAGUAGCAUCAUUGCAGGAAAUAGCAACUCUACAAGAGGCACCACUGUCACAAGAAGUAACACCGUCACAGGAACAGUUGCCACCUCAGCAAGAUACACAAAAACAUAGAUAUUCUGCGAGUAAACGAGUCAGGAGGGCAGUUGGAAAGCUCAAGAGUCUUAUAAAAUAA